AUACAGUUAUUAUAAUACAGUCUCACAACAAUGUCGGUCUAUGCUUUAAUGUGUUUGCUCUUUAUAAUUGGUGAAUGUUUAGCAUAUUAUAACAGUCAAUGGAUGCCAAGUUUUUACUUGGGUACUUAUCCUGAAAGGUUUCAUACAUUAAGAAUGUCACGGGGAUCAUGUAUAGUUUCUUUGAACACUUUUAGAAGCAAACAUUAUAAUGUAGAAAUACCUUUAAUCAAUGGAUCGACACCAGCAGGGUUUUGUGCAAUACUGUUAAAUAGCAUGGAGAAUUCAAGUCUAGCCAUAUCAAUAGAACAAGGAUUGACGGAUGUAAACAACAGUUUAAUGAAUCAAAGCAUCAGGCUGUUUAGAGUCAAGAAUGGAAAUUUGAAACUUAUCCAAGAUGUCUGUGGAUCAACUGAUGUUCCUGGUUUAACAUUGGCUGAAUCAAAUACUGCUAUACUUCUAAUAAAAGCAGACCAAAGUAUUAAUUUUUCAUUAAGUGUGUACACUUAUCAGUCUUUAAAUAUUAACAUGUAA